AUGGGCAUUCUGCGUUUGGAAUUCUUAACGUGUUACUUCUCGGAGCAAGUCAUGUCCGGAUUCGUUAUUGGAGGCGCCGUGCACGUAUUCUUUGCGCAAAUCAGCCACAUAAUGGGCCUUUCGAUUCCGCAGCGUAACGGAGCUGGAUGUCUUUUUUAUAGGAUUCGAGAUCUGGUGGAGCGCGCCGCCGACGCACAUCUCCCGACGGUAGCGAUCAGCACUGCAUCAAUAGCAUUCCUCGUUUUUGGGAAAGAAGUGCUGACACCCUGGCUUACCGACGUAUUUUUGUUCCCGGUACCGUAUGAGCUCCUUUUGGUAAUUAUUUUUAUCAGUUAG